UGCUGACGGGAUGUUACGGGCUUUGCUGCUUAUACUUUCUGUAGUUGCCAUUGCUCAUGCUGAGCUCUGCAAACCAGAUGCACAGAAUGCUUUCAAAGUACGGAUUAGUAUCAAAACAGCUUUGGGAGAUAAUGCAUAUGCCUGGGAUGCUAAUGAAGAGUACCUCUUCAAAGCAAUGGUGGCUUUUGCAAUGAGAAGAUAUUCCAGCAAGAGCACAACUCAAAUUUCCAAUGUGCUGCUCUGCAAUGUGACAGACCGGGUGUCCUUUUGGUUUGUGGUCACAGACUCUUCCAAAAAUGUGACAACUGUUCCUGGAAGUGAGGUAGAGGCAGCCAUCAGGAUGAACCGGAACAGAAUCAACAAUGCCUUCCUACUGAGUGACAAAACGCUGCAGUUCCUGAAGAUAACCUCAACCUUAUCACCUCCUGUGGAACCCUCUACACCUGUCUGGCUUAUUGUCUUUGGUGUUGUUCUUUGUCUCAUUGUGGCUGGGAUUGUUUUCCUCAUUGUUUCAGGGAUUCAGAAACACAAGAAAAAGAAUAAAGAGUCAACAGAGAGAGAAAAUUUAGAAGAGAAAGUUGAAGUGACACUAGAAAAUGGGAUUCCUUGUGAAGCACUGGAUUUAAAAGCAGGCCACAUUAAUGGAGUCUUUGCAGCAGAUGAUGACCGGUUCACAUCCCUAUGAAAUGCUGCCACUGCUCUCUGGUGGUUUUCUGAAAGACUCCUGUGCCUGCCUUUUCUCAUCACUACUCCUGAAUGUCAAACAUGAAGACAAGAAAAAUGUCCUUUCACAUGAUUUUCCUUGAGAGAACCUUUUGCUUGGGUCGUCCUCCAUUACAGUUCUUUUUCGUGAGCAACGCAAAUAAGAAGGCCUCAGAUAAUAUCCAGAAAAGAUUUCCAGGAGAUGUGUGGCAGAACAGGGUUGGAACCUGCCUUGUGCCAGGCAUCUCAUUUAUAAUGAUUAUUUAAAUAUGUCCAUUGUUUGUUUUUCCUGACAUAAAUGUGGAACUGCUUUAUUCCUGAAUGUCACUGGGAGAUCAUCUGUCAUUGUCAAUUCUUGAUGGGUUUUUUCUCAAGCCAUAUGGGAAAAGUUUCUCUGUAAAAUUACUUCUGUUUGCUGCUAUGUAGUAUGCCUUUAGAUGGAACAGCCAUCAGUGCAUGAAAGUUUCCAGUUACUGAGACACAUAAAAGCUUUCACAGCCUCUGUAAGAUCAGGUCAAAAUACCUGGAUCUUGUAUAGCUCUGGGGCUAGCAAAAAUCUGCUACUAGGUGUUUUUCACUUAACUGUCAAGGUUACAGAUUAUGUGAGCUGGAAAUUUGCAAAAAUCUGAAAUUGGUUGAAAUUAAAAGUUGCAACAAAGGGCAGAUUUUCCACAGGUGCAGUCAGUAUUUUGUGGCCCAGCUCUCAUUAAACCAUAGAAUCACAGGCCAGCCUGGGUUGGAAUGGAUUUGAAGACCAUCUUGUUCCAAUUCCCCUGUCAUGGGCAGGGACAUCUUCCACUAGACCAGGUUACUCAGAGCCCCAUCCAGUCCAGCCUUGAGCACUUUCAGGGGUAGGGUAUCCACAGCUUCUCUGGGCAACCUGUUCCAAUGCCUCAAUAACCUCACAGUAAAGGAUUUUUUCCAAAUAUCUAAUCUAAACGUGCCCUCUUUCAGUUUGAAGCCAUUCCCCCUUGUCAUGUCACUACAUGCCCUUGUAAAUAGUCUUUCACAGCUCUCUGGAAAUGCCUUGCUUACAGUUUUUAAUAAUAAAACUAGAGUAGAUUUCCAGCAUAGCCAGCCUGGGGUCAGAUGAACCUUCAUGAUCAUGUGAUAGGUAGACAACUUUUGAAAGGAUUCAAAAGAUUUUGAAACACCAGUUGCUGAUGUUUGGUGCACCUGAUCUGGAUAAGUGAUAAAAUUCUGGCUGUCUUCAGAAGCAUUGGUCAACAGAAAAGGGGAGUUUUGUGUGUGGGUAACUGUAAAAAGAUAAAGGAAAUGUGUUGAAGCAAAAUAUGAUAUCUGCAGUCACUAAGUAUCUGCCCACAUCAUUGGAGGCAGGAUUUGCCCAUUAACCAUCCUGUUUCCAGUGUCAUGUCUAGAAGCAUAUUAGAAAAUAUCUUUGCUUAUUAGGAUUGUUUCAUCAGACUCCUCACCAACAGGAACAGGCUUAAACAAAGUAAAAGGUGCUUAUAAAGGACCAUCUGGUGUUCUGAAGGGUACAAAGGUUUCUUGUUUCCCAGAGUGGAAAUCCUUCAACCUUUUGUCUGUAUUGAGCACCUUUGACUUGUCUCAGUACUGGCUCUUAGGACCAGUGUCAGCAGAAAGGAGGGAAUGGGAAGGAGAAGGGGAAGCAGCAGGGUGAAAGGGGAAAGCUGAGCAAGGGAAGCCCAAAGCUAGGGGAGGCAGGAGAGAGGAAGGCAAAAUACAAAA